AUGACUUCUAUGAAAUCCAUUGUUACUUCGGUUACUGUACCCAAGCUUUCAGAUCCUUCCUUGUUUCGUCAAGAAGCCUUUAUCAAUAAUAACUGGGUAUCCAAGACUGAAACUUUCGCAGUUGAAGAUCCUGCUACGGGUGAACAAAUUGGUACAGUGCCUGAUAUGGGUAUUGAAGAAACACGACAAGCGAUUGAUGUGGCAGCUGAUUCUUUCAAAAAUUGGUCUCGCACUACUGGUAAAGAACGUCAUGAUCUUUUGAAGAAAUGGUAUGAUGCUAUUAUGGCGAAUCAAGAAGAUUUGGCUACUAUUUUGACUUGGGAAAAUGGCAAGACAUUGACGGAAGCACGUGGUGAAAUUGCAUAUGGUGCUAGCUUUUAUGAAUGGUUUGCUGAAGAAGCGGUACGCAUGUAUGGUACAACCAUCCCAUCUCCUAUGCCUGGUCAACGUUAUUUGACUAUCAAGCAACCUGUUGGUCCUGUAGGUAUCAUUCUUCCUUUCAAUUUCCCCACUGCCAUGUUGACUCGUAAGGUCGGUGCUGCUCUUGCUGCUGGUUGUACCGUUGUCAUCAAACCUGGUGCUGAAGUCCCUUAUUCUGCUCUUGCUUUAUGUGAAUUGGCCAAACGUGUUGGUAUUCCUGCUGGUGUUAUUAAUGUCAUCACAUCCGAAAAACAUGUUGCUGAUGUUGGUAAAGAAUUAUGUACUAAUCCUGCUAUCAAGAAGAUCUCUUUUACUGGUUCUACGGCUGUUGGUAAACUCUUGAUGUCUCAAAGUGCUGGUACAAUGAAGAAAUUAUCUAUGGAAUUAGGUGGCAAUGCACCUUUCAUUGUAUUUGAUGAUGCUGAUUUAGAUGCAGCAGUGGAUGGAGCUCUUGCAUCGAAAUUCCGUGGUACUGGACAAACUUGUGUAUGUGCUAAUCGUAUCUAUGUUCAACGUGGUAUUUAUAAUCAAUUCGCUGAAAAGCUUGCUGCCAAGGUUGGUCAAUUCAAGGUUGGACAUGGCUUUGAUCCCAAAACGACACAUGGACCUUUGAUCAAUUCACGGGCAGUAGAAAAAGUACAACGUCAUUUGGAUGAUGCUGUUCAGAAGGGUGCUAAGGUGAUUGUGGGUGGCAAUGCUCUAGGUGGAAAUUUCUUUGAACCUACUGUGGUGACUGGUAUGACAAAUGAUAUGACAAUUGCGAAUGAAGAAACCUUUGGUCCUAUUGCUGGUUUAUUUGCUUUUGAUACAGAAGAAGAAAUCAUUCAACGUGCAAACAAUACUCCUUUCGGUUUGGCUGCUUACUUUUAUUCUCGUGAUGUUGGUCGUGUGUGGCGUGUAUCUGAACAAUUGGAAACUGGUAUGGUGGGUGCUAAUUCUGGUAUUAUUUCUAGUUGUUAUGCUCCAUUUGGUGGUGUGAAGGAAAGUGGACUUGGUCGUGAAGGUUCUUUACAUGGUAUUGAUGAUUAUGUUCAUAUCAAAUAUAUCAAUAUGGGUGGUAUUCAAUAG